CGUUGGAACGAAGGCAUGUGUUGUGUUUAUGCAUUGGUGAUUACUGAUUAGCUAGCAGUAGCAUCGUCCCCUUCUCCAAAGAUCAUAUUCAUAUGCCCUCCAAAUCCAAUCCAUCUUCAUCUCCAUUUCCGGUGAGUCACGCCUCGCGAACUUCCUCUAUUCAAUCUAGCUACUUUGGUAUCUUAUUGUCUGGGUCAGUUCUGUUGAAUUCCUUGGUCCAAGACUUUGCAGCUGAACCAACAGCAUGGCGGGUCAGUCCUCCAAUGAAGGCUCCAGUACUGGAAACAUUUCAGCAGAAUGUUCAGAUUCAACUGUUCAGCUCAAUAUCAAGACUCUAGAUUCCCGCAUCUACAGUUUUCAAGUGGACAAAAAUAUGCCCGUCUCGUUGUUCAAAGAGAAAAUUGCAAAUGAAAUUGGUGUUCCAGUUAAUCAGCAACGGCUGAUAUUUAGAGGAAAAGUCUUAAAGGAUGAGCACGCUCUUUCUGAGUAUUAUGUUGAGAAUGGGCAUACAUUGCAUUUAGUUGAAAGACAACCAAAUCAGUCGCAGGCUUCUGGUACGAGUUCUGGUGAGUCAACUGGUACAAGUGGUAACCGAGGAAAUGAUGUAGGCUCAGGGGCUCCUCGUAAUCAUGUUGGGCAAAUUUCACACAGUGUUGUUCUUGGAACAUUUAAUGUGGGCGAACAAGGUGAAGGAAUUGUUCAUGAUCUCACUCGGGUUAUUGGGCAUGUUUUAAACUCUAUUGGAAACGGUGGCCAGAGCACACUUAGUGGUCCUAAUGCUACACAAACUUCUUCAGUUCACCCAUGGAAUGAAACUGAAGGAAUGCAUGCUGGAAAUCAAAACUCAGCAGGAAAUCAGGCACCAUCUGGACAGACAUUUCAUGGCCCAACAGUUCAAUCUGUCUCUCAUGUUGUUCAGAUUCCUGUGGCAGCAGGGGCCAUACCCAUUCCUUCUCUCAAUGCACCAAUUCCUGAUUCAUUGAACACACUGUCUGAGUUUAUGAAUCGCAUGGAACAGACACUAACACAAAAUGGUUAUCAAUCAAAUCUUUCAUCCGCUAACCCUGGAGAUCAGCAAGCGGAAUUGCCUUCUAAUGCACAAGGGUUGCCAACACUUGAAGCAUUAAGCACUGUCUUGCAUUCCGCAGAACGGUUACUUGGUGGUCAAGCUGUUGCUGCACUAUCUCAUAUUGCAGGGCGCUUGGAAAGAGAAGGAACUUCUGCUGAUCUGCGCGUAAGGGAUCAAAUACAAUCAGAGUCAGUGCAAAUAGGACUUGCUAUGCAGCAUUUGGGUGCACUUCUACUUGAACUUGGCCGAACAAUGUUGACACUGCGUAUGGGACAGUCUUCUGCAGAAUCUGUUGUUAACACUGGACCAGCAGUUUACAUCUCUCCAUCAGGGCCAAAUCCAAUAAUGGUGCAGCCUUUUCCAUUACAGACAAGCUCCCUCUUUGGUGGUCCAGUUCCCCCCUCAACUCCUGCAACUUUAGGCACCAUUGGUAUUGGAAAUGCUCCUAGGAACGUAAACAUUCAUAUACAUGCUGGUACCUCUCUUGCACCUAUUGUUUCAGCCAUUGGUUCUGGGGCAAAUAAUGGAGAGGGGACAAGAAGUGAACACCGUAAUGAGCCUGGCUCUGGUGAUUCAGGUUCAACACGGGUAUUACCUGUUAGAAAUGUCAUAGCAGCAACUAUCCCAUCACACCCUCCUGGUGUUGGAAUCUCUAGUAGCACACAAACUGGGUUUGGUAUUCCUACUUCACAGCCACCUUCUGAUUCAGCUUCAUUGUCAUCUGUUUUAGCAGAAAUCAAUUCUCGCCUUAGAAACGUUGUUGGUAAUAUGCAUGGAGAUAACACAGUUCCAUCUGGUCAAAUGGAAUCAAACAGCAGGGACUUGCCUUCUGGAUCUGAAUCAAGACCUGCUACAGUAAAUGAACAGCGAGAUACCAUGGACAUGAAUGGUUUUGGGGCUACUAGUGCUUCCUCAGUUGGCUGCACUUCUGAAAGUGAAGUACAAAAGCUCCAAACUAAGGCAGUCCAAACCUCUAGUAAUGAUGAGAGAGAUGUUUUGGUUGACAAAUUUGUUUCAAGUUCUUCCAACCAAGAUUUACGAAGUUGUUCUAGUGGAGAAACAAUAGUAAAACCAGAAAAAGAACAAGAUGUUCCGGCUGUAAGUGAAAGACAAAAUGUAACUGAACCUGCCAAAGCUGCUCCGCUAGGAUUGGGUGUGGGUGGUUUAGAGCGCAAGAGGAGAACUAGACUUCAACCUCCUGUAAGUAAAGGUGCUGAUGAUAGAUCAUCCAGUUCUUCUGCCAAUCAAAAUCAGCAAACCAGAACAGAUGGUCAACAUAUAUUGCAAACUCUUGCAAGUCAUGGAUCUGGUUUGAAUUCAAGAAAUGCUAAUGGGCCAUCCCAGCGGUCCUUGCCCUCCAGUGAUCGUCCAAUUGAUGUGGCUGGUUUAAUGUCUCAGGCUUUACGUAGUCCUGCCUUGAAUGGUUUGUUGGAAGGAGUUUCUCAGCAAACCGGAGUUGACUCACCUGAUGGCUUGAGGAAUAUGUUGCAGCAGUUCACACAGAGCCCACAGAUGAUGAACACGGUUAAUCAAAUUGUCCAACAGGUUGGCAGUCAGGAUGUGGGGAAUAUGUUUGCUGGAAUGGAAAGAGGGCAGGGUGGUGGUAUUGACAUUUCAAGGAUGUUUCAACAGAUGAUGCCCAUUGUAUCUCAAGCUCUUGGUGGGGGAAAUCCUUCCUCACUAUUCUCUGCUGAAGAAGCUGAACCCCAUGCACCCUACUGUGAUGGAACAAUUAACAGAGAUGAAUAUUCUGAUAAUCAAAGUUUACAGCUUGACCUUCAACCACUGGCUGAGAGGAUUGAGCACCUGGGUCCUUCUACUGAUAUUUUCCGUGCUGUAGCUGAAAAUGCUGUCCAGCUAUCUGGCAGUGGAAGCACUUCUAAUGAUCUUCUGGAUGAGUUGUGCAGCAAUGAGAGUCUUGCCAGGGAAUAUGUAGAUAUGUUGCGAUGUGAUGUAAGUAAGCUGCUCAAGGAACAUUCUGAGACGAACAAUGUCUAAUUUUAGCUUGUAUGAAUACAUAUGCUUCAUUGCUUCUAUUGUCUCGCAACUCUUGACCUUCCUGAAAGUCCUUCUAGAGAAUGGGUUUUGGCGUGUUGUGCCCUGAAUAAUUAAUUGAUCAUUAAUUGGUCUGGAUCAUUUUGACGGACUUCCAGAUCAUGUGAGAAAAUUAACAUACACCACAUGCCAGACGGUUGUUUCAAAUGUAGCAUUUAGGCGUUUAAUGGCCUUCCAUUGUUAUAUAUUUUUAUGUCCUUUCUGAUUAUACCCUCGUUUGGGCUUAAUUUGGACAGUGAAGGCUUCUAUCAAAAUAGUCUUGUACAUCUAGCGUUUCCAUUAUAUGCAAGUCAACCAGUGUGUUUGUUUUCACCUGUUCAAUACAUUUUCAAACAGUAGAUUGGUAAAGGAAAUACAGCACCCUAGAUUAUUGUGCAAA